AUGACGGCCUCAGCAGCGGACGACGUGGUUGUCGUCGAGGGCAGGACCCCUACUUCCGAGAUCUCGGAUGAUAAAGUCCAUGUCACUGGCGCUGUCGACCCUGAGAAGAAGGGCGCUUUGGAUACCGAGAUCAGCGUUGCUCCUCCUCUCGACAACGACUACUACGACGAGAAGGACAAUGGCAGCGAUGAUGUGAUUAUCAUCACGGGUGCCGAUGCUGCAGCCCACUUACUACCGCUGCGAGAUGAUGGCGAGCCGUCCUUGACGUUCCGAAGCAUGGUACUGGCUACAUGUCUGUCUGCCUUCCAAGCGGUCAUGAGCCAGAUUUACCAGUUCAAACCAACUGCUGCCACAAUCUCCGGAACUUUUAUCGUCCUCAUCGCCUACUUCAUUGGCAAUGCCUGGGCUGCAUUCCUCCCUCGUGGUGACAAGCUGAGGGCUCGAUGGCAAGCCAGGGGCGGCCAGGGAAAGCCUCCUCUGUGGAUUACUAUCGCCACCUUUAUCAAUCCCGGACCUUGGAACCUCAAGGAGCACGCCGUCUGUGCCAUCACAGCCACCUCUGCCUCCAACGCUACGGCCAGUAUUACCGUUUUCACGGCUCAGGAUCUUUUCUACAACUUGCCCUUGAGCGCGUCGACUGUUGUCCUGAGCGUCAUCUCCAUUGGUCUAUUUGGCUAUGGCAUAUGCGGUGUCCUGCGUCCUAUCUGCGUCUGGCACGUUGAGGCGGUCUACUGGAGCACCCUGCCCACGGUCAAGACUCUCCAAGGACUUCACUGGCAGAACAUCAAGGGCUCCAAGCCACUCCGUUUCUUCUGGUACAGCUUUGUUGGCAUGUUCUUCUACGAGUUCUUCCCUGCCUACAUCUUCCCUUUUCUGAACUCCAUCUCCAUCCCGUGCUUGGCCGCCAUGCACGCCACGGGUUCCAAGGCUGCCAUUCUCACCAACCUUUUCGGCGGUGCUACCAACAAUGAAGGCUUGGGGCUUUUCAGCUUCUCCUUUGACUGGCAAUACAUCACUUCCUUCAACACAUCUCUCCCUCUCACUCUGCAAGCUCAUGCUGCUGCCGGUUUCCUCGUCUGCUACGUUGUGGUGCUCGCCAUCUACUAUACGAACUCCUGGAACUCCAAAUCCCAGCCUUUCAUGUCCACACAGCUCCGCGCCGAGAAUGGUACAAAAUAUCCCGUGUCGGAAGUAUUCGUUGGUGGCGUCCUCGACGAAGACGCUCUUCAGAAAUAUGGUGCUCCUAAGCUGACCGGAAGCUUCGCGUAUGCCAUGUUCAUGGCCAACGCUGCUAUUGGUGCCCUGGUUGCUCACUGCUUCCUGUUUUGGGGUGGUGAUGUCAAGGAGUCGUAUAAAAGUGCGAGGAACGGGCGAUACGACGACCGACACCACGAGCAUAUGGCCAAGAACUACAAGGAAGCUCCCUGGUGGUGGUACAUUGCUGUCCUUGUAUUCAGCUUCGUCCUCGGUCUCGUCGUUGUCAUCAAAGAGAACAUCACACUCCCUGCAUGGGCCUACGUCGUCGCUCUUCUCGUCGGAAUCUUCAUCGCGCCCUUGAGCACCAUUCUCUACUCUCGAUAUGGUAACGGCAUUGCUACCAACAACCUGUCCAAGAUGUUGGCGGGUUUGAUGCUUCCUGGCCGCCCUGUUGGCAACAUGUACUUUGCCGCCUGGUCUCACAACGUCAUUUCCAACUGCGUCAGCUUGUGCAAUGACCUCAAAAUGGGCGAAUACCUCAAGAUUCCGCCUCGUGUUAUGUUCCUCACCCAGAUCUACGGCACGGUUCUCGGCGGUUUCGUCAACUACGGUGUCAUGAUCUCCAUUGUCAACGGCAACCGUGACCUCCUUGUCAACAGCAACGGUAACGCUUCAUGGAGUGGCGCAACGAUCCAGUCGUACAACACCAACGCAGCCUCCUGGGCUCUGGCAAAGUAUCUGUACAAGUCUGGUGCUGAAUACGAGAUGGUGCCUAUUGGACUGGCCAUUGGUGCUGGAGUGGUUGUUCUCCACCGUGUCUUGGUUUACUUUGUUCCCAAGAUUCGAAGCUUUGACCUUCGCGACAUCAACCUGCCCCAGUUCAUCCAGUACGCCGGCUACAUCCCAUACAACCAGUCCCAGACGUGCGUCAUCUGGAGCCAGCUUGCUUCUGGUUUCUUCACCCAGUAUUACCUCCGGAAUUACCGCCCUCGCAUCUUCAAGGACUACUCGUACCUGGUCACUGGCGCCUUUGAUGGUGCCAGUCUAACGGUGCUCUUCAUUCUGUCCUUUGCAGUCUUCGGAGCCGGUGGCCCUGCAACUCCUUUUCCAUCCUGGUGGGGUAACCAUGUUGAUGGUUACUACGACUUUUGCCCUGUGGCUGAGUAG